AUGUCGUCUCCCGCAACUAGAAGACCAAUGAGGUUAUUACUCGUGACAUUAGGCAGCGUCGGCGAGGGUGAUGCAAUAACUACUUAUUGCAAUCACCACUUUUCAAGACGGAAGGCCGAUGAAACUAUACCUGGUGUCGGAGAAAAUGUGGGCAAUAGAGUACAAGGCGACACGGAAGCGGAAGCAUUCAUGUCGGAGAACCUUUCUGCACCCCCUGGCGGCUCCAAGCCGUUAUCUGAAGAGUUCAUCCGGGAUGCUGAUGCUGUGCUACUCGUGUAUAGCGUUACGAGCCGAAGCACGUUCCAAAGAGUGCGGGAAGAGUACGACGCGAUCGAGCGACUGCGGAGAGAGCUCGACCCAAGCCGGCGUUUUUGGCAUCAACACCGAAUACCACCGAUGCCCAUGAUACUAGCGGGCAGUAUACCUGAAAUGGGAGAUUCGAGAACGGUCUCGACAGAGGAGGGAAUCGCUCUUGGUGCAGAGCUUGGGGUUAAGUUCGUGGAGUUCACUGUGGCGGACCAGUCUCCUAUCGAAAUCCUUUUCCACGACCUGGUCCAGAACAUACGAGAUUACAAACUUGUACGCACGGCUGUCAAAUCCUGGGCUACAUCAGCUAUCAAGAAAUUGAGGGACAAGAAGUUGAAGGGCUCGGUGCAACCUCACCAGAGCGAACACUAUACCUUGGUGGAAGCCCUCUCGGCCGACGAGGUGCAUAUUGCUCGGCGAUUAAUCUUAGGCGGCGUGGAUAUACACACACCCGAUUCUGAAGGGUUUCUUCCGCUGCACUUGGCGGCAGCCCGAGGUCAUAAAGACCUCGUCAAAUUGCUGCUUGAUAGGGGCGCCCUCAUUGACCGAGUUGCCCCCAUGAGCGGCACAGCGUUGAGCAUUGCGGCGGUACGUGACCAGACUGAGGUCGUCGAGCUUCUACUCGAACAUGGCGCCAGUCUGGAUAUCCCCGCGGACUAUUACGGGACCGUGCUGCAGGCAGUUACCAGAAGACGGCAUCCCAGCAUCAGACGGCGUUUUGAACUGCCCAGCCAUAGACGAUAA